AUGCUGAAAAUUGCGAUCUUGGUGUCGAUGCUGAUGGGAGUGACCCUCGCGGUGGCGGUCGACCCCUAUGACCGAGCGGUCAAUAAGGAGGAAAAGGCCAGGGGUCAGGUCAUGACCUAUAUCCAGAUCAUCAACACCAUGGGUGAUAUGGACCACUGUCUCGCUUACUUGCAGUUUUACAACCAGGAUCAUUCGUGCACAAUCCAAACCACCGAUGAUGGCACCUACACCCACAAAUACACCAUGGGCAAGGUCAAAUGCCACAAGUCCGAUUAA